AUGGAAGUGGAGAACCAGACCCGGGUCUCCAAGUUCAUCCUGGUGGGGUUCCCUGGGAAUUUGAGCAUGCGCACAGCAGUGUUCCUGACCUUCCUCGUGGCUUAUAUUCUGACAGUAGCUGAAAACGUGAUCAUCAUCGUGUUGGUGCAGCAGAACCGGCCGCUGCACAAGCCUAUGUACUUCUUCCUGGCCAACCUGUCCUUCUUGGAGACCUGGUACAUCUCUGUCACUGUGCCCAAACUGCUGUUCAGUUUUUGGUCUGUGAGCAACAGCAUCUCUUUCACUCACUGCAUGAUACAGCUGUACUUCUUCAUCGCGCUCAUGUGCACGGAAUGUGUGCUCCUGGCUGCCAUGGCCUAUGACCGCUACGUCGCCAUCUGCCGGCCACUUCACUACCCUACCAUUAUGAGCCAUGGGCUCUGUUUCCGCCUGGCUCUUGGCUCCUGGGCCAUUGGCUUUGGCAUCUCUUUGGCAAAGAUCUACUUUAUCUCCCGGCUCAGCUUCUGUGGCCCGAAUGUCAUCAAUCACUUCUUUUGUGACAUCUCUCCAGUGCUGAAUCUGUCCUGCACAGACAUGUCCAUAGCUGAGUUGGUAGACUUUGUUCUGGCACUGGUCAUCUUCCUCUUCCCACUCUCCAUCACUGUGUUGUCCUACGGGUGCAUUCUGGCUACUGUUUUACGCAUGCCCACGGGAAAGCAGAAAGCAUUUUCCACUUGUGCCUCUCACCUCGUGGUAGUCACCAUUUUCUAUUCAGCCACUAUUUUCAUGUAUGCCCGACCCCGGGCUAUCCAUGCCUUCAACAUGAACAAGAUUAUUUCCAUUUUCUAUGCCAUUGUCACCCCUGCUCUCAACCCUUUCAUCUAUUGCCUAAGGAACCGAGAGGUCAAAGAAGCUCUGAAGAAACUGGCCUAUUGCCAGGCCGUAGGGUCUGAUUAG